AUGGAUGACAAAAGGCCUGGUACAGGUCAUGUUAACACGAAAUAUAAAUAUAUCGUGCUUCUUAUGAUUAUGACAGUCACAUUAUACCUAUCAAUUGAACUAUGUCUUUUCACAUCGGAUCAAUAUGUAUUUUACAAUGCUGUGACGGAACAAGGCCUACCAUAUUUAACACGUCAAGAAAGACAUAAAUAUGCAAAUCUAUCAGUUGAUGAUAAAAUAAAACUAAGAGCUGCACAAAGGAAAGCUGCUACACUAGAGUCUACUACAAAUGCAGUCAGAAUAACAUUAGGCUUAAUUUCAAUGUAUUCUACUCUUUGGAGAAUUUUACAUAUAACAACAGUGUCUUUAAUAGUAACAUUUAAUUUGAGUGUAUGGAUAUUACUCCUUGCUGGCUUUUUUGAGGCUUUCUUCGGUGGUGGUCUUUUAUCAAUUUAUGCUCAAGUAGCAGCAGUUGUGGUUGAUAUAAUACGGAUUUCACACGCUAAAAAAGAUCUGACUGUUACAACAGAAAAGAUUAGCCAUGAUACAUGGAUUUGGUUUACUGUGUUUGAAUCUAUAGCUUUACUAUGUUCAUCAAGUGGCAGCCCGAUCGGAGGAACAUUAAUCUAUCAAUUUGGUUUCAACGCUGUGAUUAUCACAGGUGCAAUUUUAUUUGUACCAAGUUUCAUAAUUUUAUGCAUUUUCCCGGAAACCAAUAAUACAUAUGGAUCACCUAUUAAUGUUGAAGAUAAUAAAGAAGAAAAUUCUACUCAUAAUAAUAAAGACAAUGAUUCUAAUGAAGCUCAUACAAUUGAAAUUCAACCUGAAUGGAAAGAAAAAUUCAUUAUGCGAAUAAAAAGUGUAGGACAUUUGGAUCCAAUCUUAAUUGUAAUUAUAAUAAUUAUCGUACUCCUAGCAAUUGGUGCUAUGGCAGAUCUUCAUUACAUUGUUAUCUAUCUCAUGGGUUCACCAUUCUUGUGGAAUCCUCAACAAGUAGGAAUAUAUAUUGGUCUCAGUGAUUUCAUAUCAUCUGUUUUGGGGAUUACAUAUACAAUUAUUGUCGUUAAAAUUCGUGAACGAAAAAGUAUGAAACAAAAGUUAGUAACAAAUGGUAAUCAUACAUCUCAAGAAGAACAUAAAAAUGAUAAAUCACGAAUCGUAUUUUUACGGAAUAUGAGAUUACUGAUCUUUACAUUGGCAGGUACUUUAUUAUUAAUGAUAAUAAACAAAAUAAUGAUGGGUCUUGCACAUCAGUUCACACAACAAACAGCAAGUACUAUUGCCUAUAUGGCUGCCAUUCCUCGACUAUCGAAAAGUUUCAUCUCACCGGUUGCACGUUCAAUGUUUGCACUAUGCACACCACCAAACAAUCAAGGAAUGAUUCAGUCAUUUGGAGGAUUCGUUGCUCGUAUUGGAUUCGUCAUUAGUUUUAUCAGCUUACCAGCUGUAUAUGCAGUCACUGUUACUAUAUUUCCUCCGAUUGUAUUUCUUGUUGUUAGUGGAAUCUUGGUUCUAACAAUAAUAAUUGAUCUGUCACUACUACCACUUCUGAAAACAAGCAAAGUUUAUCAUUAA